AUGUCGUCCAAGUCUCUCAUCCUCAUCACCGGUGCCAACCAAGGCCUGGGUUAUUAUGCCGCUCAACAAUUGGCCGCCACUGGCAAAUACCAUAUCUUGAUUGGCAGCCGCGACAUUAACAAGGCCAACAAAGCCAUCGAGUCCCUCGCCGCUGAUUCCUCUGUCAAGGUCUCAGCCUCCGACUUCUCACCUCUGGAAAUUGAUGUCAACUCCGACUCCUCCAUCCACGCAGCAGCCAAGCAAGUCGAGGAGAAAUACGGCAAACUCGACAUCCUCCUCAACAACGCCGGCAUUGCACAAGCCCAAGAAGCCGCCUCUGACGGCAGCGGCCCCAGUCUCCGCGAGAUCUACCGCUCGCACUACGAAACCAACGUCUUUGGCGCCGCCGUCGUGACAGAAGCUUUCCUGCCUCUCCUCCGCAAAGGCACUUCCAAACGCCUAGCUUUCACCUCUUCAGGUCUUGCAUCCCUUGAACUUGCCGCCAAGCCUGAUACACUCUACUCUGCCAACAACUACCCCAUUUACCGUUCUACCAAGACGGCUUUGAAUAUGAUUAUGCUGGGAUAUGCUCUGCAGCUUGAGAAAGAAGGUUUUGUGGUUUCGGCGGCGGAUCCGGGGUAUUGUGCUACUAAUCUGAAUGGAAAUUCAGGUUUCAAGGAUCCGAGGGAUGGUGCUAAGGAGUUGAUCAAGAGUUGCGUGGGCGAGAAGAAGGAUGUGCAUGGUGUUAUGGUUAAUGAUGAGGGUAUUGUGCCUUGGUAA